AUGUGGGACCAGCUGCCGGAGCUGAUACUGACGUUAAUUUUUGAUCAUCUGGAGUGCCGCGACCGGUUCAGCGUUGACCGGACUUGUCAAUCAUGGCGCCGAGCCCUCGCUGCCCCAGUUCUUUGGCGAUCAAUCACUAUCUUCAUCGACAGAGACUUGAGGAGCGACUCAUCGCCCACCAAGCAGCUAGCAGGCAAGUAUGGACAGUAUAUCAGAAAAUUGGAGCUUGCUUGGUCCCGGCCGUACAUUUUACCCUCUGAAACUCGGGCUACUUGGAAUAUUCGCGCUAAAGAGGGGGUUGAAUUUAUUGCUAUUAUUAAAAAAAAAGCCGUUCAAUUGAAGCAAUUUGUACUUACUGAUUGGUUCUUUGGUAGCAACUGGAACCACCGGAGCAAGCUUUUGUAUGCUGUUGCCCAUUUUUUGAGAUGUCAGCGAAAUUUAACCUCCUUGAGUUUGUUAAACGCCAACCUUGGAGUCAGCGAUGUUCUCCGUCUGUUCCGAGCAGUCUCGUGGUCCUGCGGAGAUUCUCUGGAGUACCUAGACAUAAGGGGAGCCUUCAAAGAUUGGCAAGCACCGCACAGCAACUCUAGAUAUCUCCAGUACCUAGAGCGACUCCACACACUGACGACAUUCAAAUUGGACUACCCGGCGUUGUCUGAUCUGGCUCUGAAUUCGCUCGCCCUCGCUGCUCCCAAAGUUCUCAGAGAGCUGCAUAUCUCUGUUCGCGAUUCUGAUGCGCGUCAGCAUACUAUUCAAGACGCCGCCUGGCACAAUCUUGUUGCUGUUUGUCCUCAACUAACUGUUUCUUACACAAUAGUAAACAUAUCGCAUUAUGAAGACAUAUCUUAUCUGCUGGUUCCAAGCGUGCCUCUAUCGCGUUUCCACAUGUACGGAGGUCAUGUCUGGGAUCAAAGCCGCUCGAGGAACUUUCGAACCACUAUCGGACUUCUCAUAAGUUAUUACUCCAAGAGCCUAAGUGAGGUAAUGCUGCAACUAAGAAACAACCGCGAGCAGCUCGACGACCUCCUGGUUUCUUUGGUGGAGCGAUGCAGACGGCUGACAAACUUCCAGUACAACGGAAUCAUCCGUAGCGUGGGAACCCUCCAGGAGAUUCUAAACCUCCAGAUAGACAACAAAACUUCCUUUCGAACGAUCCACGUCAAGCCGAGCACCGUCAAUCUCCGGAACCGCGGCGCUUUGGAUGAGAUAAACUACAAUUACAACCACCGGAUGCUAGACAGAGGCAUCGACUUCCGAAUUGACGGUCCCGCCUUAAGUUUCUGCUGA